UCUUCACACACUAAAGCAACUAAAAAUCAUAACCAAUUCAGCUCCAUCAAUAUAACACCACCAUAUAUCAAACACAAAAUAAAACUAAUAACAGUAGCACCAGAUCAUGUCUAGUAGCUUCUUUGGACGGAGACAUGAACCACCACCACCACUACUACACAGUCCCCACCAAACAUGGGAACCUAAUUACCACCAAGACUACGGCUAUGGCGGUUAUGGAACCACCAUAACCGGUGGCACAUCACAUAUGGCGAUGACUGGCUUUCCAGGGCAGCCAUCACCAGUUGUGAACACACAAAUAGAGAAGAAGGAGACCCCAGAAGCGUACGUGUUUAAGGCGCAGCUUCCGGGGCUGCGGCGAUCGGACGUGAGGGUGGAAGUGGAUGAUGAUAAGGUUCUAUGCAUAGUUUGUGAGAGAAGCGUGGAGAAGCAAGAACAAAGAGGAGGUUGGCACGUUGUUGAGAUGUCAAGUGGCCACUUCGUUCAGCGUGUGAUGUUGCCUCAAAACGCCAACGUUGACCAUGUUAAGGCUUAUAUGGAUAAAGGGGUUCUUACUGUUACGGUUCCCAAGCACCAUAGAACUGUGAACCAUCACGUUAGGAACGUUAACAUUUCUGGACACUGAGAAUAAUACAUGAUAUGUAAUAUUUAUAUCAGUUUCGCUAAAAAAUCAAUUAGGAGUGAAGCCAUAUCUAAUUAACUAGUUGAAAAACAAGUUUGUUAUAAAA